AAUUUACAUAAAAGCUACGACCGUUCCCUGCUUCAGUCAUAAUGUGGCGCUUGAUCAUCCUCGUUGCUAUUUCAGUGACAGUUACGUUAUCAACUGACUGUGUUAAACGUCGAUCAACGACAAGUGAGGAUGGUGGACAUUACUGCGUCUGCAAUGCAAAACAAUGCGAUGAAGUUCCGGACGCGAUCAAGCCGCUCAAUGUGGCCGAAUAUACCUUGAUAACUUCAAGUAAAAAUGGUUUUCGAUUUCGUGUAUCGAACGGCAUAUUUAAAAAGGUUAAUUCUGAUCGCAAUUACAAAUCCCAAACAAAAAAAUCCAACGCAUUUCUACGAUUAUUAAAAAUAUUUACCACCACAGUGAAAAAAAUUAGCGUAAAUAUAAAGAAAAGCUUUAUAAAUCCACCUCAACCGGGAAAAAUUAUUGUAAAUCAAACGGACACGUAUCAAGAAAUUUUUGGGUUUGGAGGAGCAGUGACCGAUUCAGCGGCCAUAAAUAUUUUUGAUCUGACACAAAAGACGGCCGAUAAUUUGUUAAAAAGCUACUUCGGCUCGGAUGGUAUCAAUUACACCUUUAUCAGAACGCCAAUGGGUUGCACGGAUUUCUCAACGAGAGCUUAUACCUACGCGAUGACAGAAAACGACACUUCACUUUCCGAUUUCGAUUUGCAAGUGGAAGAUUAUGAUUAUAAGAUACCGCUGAUAAAACGAGCUCAAGAAUUAAAACAAAAUAAAAUCAAGUUGUUGACUGUACCAUGGACUGCCAGCCCCUGGAUGAAAACGAAAUACAGUUGGACAAAUAAUGCUAAAUUACGCCCAGAAUAUCGACAAUUGUGGGCAGAUUAUUUUGUGAAAUAUUUUGAAGCGUAUCGUGAUGUUGGCUUGGAAUUCUGGGCUCUGUCGCCUCAAAAUGAGCCAGCCAAUUACAUCUAUCUUUCACCAACUGUAAAUCUUUCCGCAAUGGCAUGGACUUCCAAGGAAGAGCGCGACUGGAUUAUCGAGUACUUAUCACCAACUCUAAAAAGAAAGGGCUUCGGGCACAUCAAGAUCUUUAUAGGAGAAGACAAUAGAUUGAUACUUCCGGAUUGGCCGAAAAAUGUAUUUCAAGAUGAAAGAGCAAGAAAUAUUAUUUCUGGAAUCGCGCUCCAUUUUUACUUCGAUAACGUGAUCAUGCCACAUAACUUAAACGAAAUAAAACAACUUUUUCCGGAAAAGUCAAUAAUAUACACAGAAGCAUGCAUUGGAUUUUUCGAAGAUCAAAAGGUAAUCCUAGGCUCAUGGAAGCGUGGUGAGAUAUACGCGAAAAAUAUUAUCGAAAACAUGUUGAACUGGGUAUCCGCUUGGAUCGAUUGGAACAUAGCUUUAGAUAUGACUGGUGGACCAAAUUCGAUCAACAAUUUCGUUGAUUCGCCUAUAAUAGUCAACAGCGCCGCUGACGAAUUCUACAAGCAACCAAUGUUCUACGUUCUUGGACAUUUUUCAAAGUACGUUCAACCUAAUAGUGUGAGAAUCGGUACAACAAUGGAAAACAUGGCAGGAAUUGAAAAUAUUGCGUUCUCCACGCCUGACGGCGGCGUCGUAUUAAUAAUUUUAAAUCUAACUGAGGAGAAAAAAACAAUUCUGAUCGAAGAUCCGAAGAAAGGGACAACGAAGAUAAAUGUUCCCGCAAGGUCCAUUAAUACGAUGAAAUAUUGGUAGAUACAUAGCAAGAAUAUAAAUCCGCCGUAAUGUCGAUAGAUAUUAUACGCGCGCGCAGAGCGUAAAUAUUAACACACAUUUUAGAUUACUUUAGUUCUGUAAAUUUUUACUGCUAUAAAAUAUUCUUUAGAGUAGAUACUUUCUUUAAAAGACAACAAAAAGAAUCAUUAAGAAAUAAACUUUUAAAUAAAUUGCUAAACUACUAUCUCUUCAUAUAAUGCACUUGCUGUAAUUAUAUAAUAUUAUACACAUAAUUGUCUUGUUUAAAAAUUCUAUUGAAAUUAUAAUUUCUAUGCCUUGAGUAUUUGAAUACACGUUACAUGUUAAUCUGCCGGUUUGUAAAUACUUGAAACUUCUAUAUAACUCGGGUAAUUUUCAUCGAGAAUUACAACUCUCACCAAGAAUUCUUACUUUUCCCGGACAAAAAUUUGCCGAAUACAUUUGAUAAACGCAAUGGAAACGGGGUUGCUCAAACGCAAUUCAAUCUCGCUGAAUGUUUAAAAGAUCUUCCGCGUUUAAUCCGUUGAGUUGACCAAUGAUUUUAAUAUGAGCAAAAAUAAUUUAAACUUCAAGAACACAAUUUUCUUAAUACAAAACUCAAUUAUUUUUAUGUAUUAUCUUAAGCUUCAUGUAUUAAACGUUGUUACAACAUAAUUAUUGAUUGAUACAACCUAAAUAUAAUUUUAUAAUGUAUAAAAUAGGUCAUAAUUUUACUUGUCAAGUAUACGGAACUAAAUGUAAAGAAACUAGAUUUAUUAUAUUAUUUUCAAGAUGCUUAAGUAAAAUAUUAACGCAUUCUGUACUAUUAUCAUAUAGAAUGAAUGAAUAAAAGUAAUUAAAAGAAUUUAAAUAAAAAGAGAGUAGGACUAGUUAGAAUUGUAUUCGAUAUGUGUUUUAUUUGAACGAAAUAAAGAUGAUGUAAUAAAU